AUGUUCGGCUAUCUUCUUUUUGCCGUUGUGGCUUUCUCUUCACUGUCAUACUUCAUCAUAUGGCCCGUCGUCGAGUACUUUCGUGACCCUAAGGGCCUACGAAAGUACCCCAACCUCAACUUCCUAUCAGGAAUCACAGACCUUGGGUUUAUAUAUGAAUCGCACAAGGGCUUUAGAUCACAUGCCCUGCUUGAAGCACACCAAAAGUCACCAGUUGUUCGCAUUGGACCGAAUUCUCUCUCAUACUCAGAUCUUGCGGCCAUAAAAGAUAUUUAUGGACACAACACAAAAUGUAUCAAAGACGUAUUUUACGACACCUUGGCUGGGACGCAUCACCACCUGGCUGAUGUCCGAGACAAACUCGAUCACCAAAGAAAAAGACGCAUUCUCUCCAGUGCCUAUGCACUCAAGAAUCUGGAAGGAUGGGAACACAAAGUUGCAGACAAAACCGUUCGAUUCAUUAAAGCCGCAGAUGAUCGCUGCACACAGCACUUGAAGAAAGGCAUGGCACCGGUCCCUGAAGACCUCACUUUCGACUACCGCGCCUAUGCCAACUUCUUCACACUCGAUGCCAUUGCCGAUAUAGGACUCUCAGAACGUCUGGGUUUCCUAGAUCAAGGCCAUGACCUCGUCACCGCGGAGACAAUGGACGGCAAGCUCUACAAGGUCAACUACCGGGAAUGUCUCCAUGCUACGGCGCGAGCGCAAGCUGGUCUUGUCUGGGCUUACGAAUGGUUCCCCAUCCUUACCCAAAUAUCGAAGCUCGUUUCUAAGGAUUAUCGAAAGAUGUGGAAGUUGAACGAAGGAUGGAAUGAUAUCGUCUUGCAUCGCGCUACUCAAAGACUGGCUCGUUAUCGCACAGGGGAGCAACUUGAUGACUUCUUCAGCGCGUUAAUGGAAGACAAGAACGGGAACCCGAAUGGUAUGGAAUGGGGCGAAAUAGUCGCAGAGAUCUCGAUCAUGAUGAACGCUGGCUCCGACACCACGGCCAUUGCAAUGAACAACGCCAUGUACCUUCUCCUCGCCAAUCCUGAAUGCUUGACCAAACUCAGAGCAGAGCUUGAUGCAGUUAUCGAACCUUCAGAGACUGUUGUUGCGUACGAUAAGGUCAGACACCUACCCUAUCUCCGCGCUUGUCUCGAUGAGGCCUUACGGAUGUACCCACCCUCAACCUUCGGCCUGCCACGACGAACCCCAGCUGAAGGCGCACCGAUCCUUGGCGACUUCAUUCCCGGCGAAACGUCAGUAUCGAUUUCAGCUUAUGUUGCACACAGAGAUCCAAAAGUUUUCCCGGAACCAGAGACAUUCAGACCUGAGAGAUGGCUGGGCGAUGAUGCGAAAGAGUUGCAGGCUGCGUUUAUCACUUUUAGCACGGGUGCUAGAGGGUGCAUCGGUCGGAAUAUCAGUUAUUUGGAGCAAUCUGUUUUACUUGCCAGCGUCGUCCAUAGAUUUGAGUUUGCGUUGCCGUGUGAAGGAUGGGUUCCGGAUAGAUACGAGUCGUUCAACUUGGCUCCUGGUCCAAUGCCACUGAAGGUUUGGAGGAGGUUUGAGGAUGUUGAAUAAAAUAUCUCAUGUGUUGGCGAUCUGUAGAUUUGAUCUGAAG